CUGUGAUUGCGCUGCGAUCAUGACGGGCUCCUCUCCUCCUUCAUCACAUCCUUCAUCAUCACAGGACUGUCCUUCAUCUUUGCUCUCUUCGCCUUCCUCGUCUUCCCUUCCCGCAUCUGCCGAUCAGGUGCCGUACCAGCAUACACCCUUUCCCGAUGUCUCGGGCCUACGUACAGAUGCUCCCGGCCGUACAGGCUGGGUGGAGGCGAGCAGUGGAGACCUCUCCGACCUCAUACAGAUGGCUAGCAGCGUUGAAGAAGCUAGAGAAUGGCAGACUGGAACGCUGCUGGCUGCUGCCUGGGCCGUGAUUCUGACUCACUAUAUACAUCAGGAAGAUACGGACAUUGCACUCCAGACCUCGACUCGGCGGGGACUUGCAGCUGUUAUCCGUAUAUGCGGUCCAGAGGUGAAGAGAUGGAGCUCCGAAGAGCUCUGUGGCCGGGUCAGCGCCCAAUUGCAGGAGGCUGUGCAGCUCGAAGGAAAGAAAACUCCGGAUACUAGUGUGGUCUGGGGGAUCAAAUCGAACCACUGCGAGAGUGCAACAGUCGAACAUACUGGUGAUGCCGCGGCUACGCUUCUGGCUUCACGACACAGCUUAGGUAUCCGGGCGGCAGCUAGGGUUCACUCUCGGCAGUCGGCUUUGCUGCACCUUCGGCAGGUAGAGACAUACUUCCGCUCUUUCGUCGAUGAUCUGCGCUUCGGACAGCCUACUUCUGGUGAAUCUGCUAGCUUUCCGGGUUGCGACUCUGCGCGCUUGCCCUACGAGCUCUGUGCAGGCGACAACCCGGAGCCUCAGCAGGCCUCAUUGCCAGACGACUUUCCCCUGAGCAAGGAGCUCUUUCACCACCAAUUUGAACGACAAGUGCUUGUAAACCCCACCUCUAUUGCCCUCGACUUUCGGUACGACCUCAGCCCUUCAUCUUCUCGUAACAUUCGAUGGUCGUUUGCUGAGCUCGACCGGAGGGCUCGCCUCGUCCGAGACGAGAUAGUGUCUCCAGAGUCAGAGCUGAAAGAAGACGCUAUCGUAGCUCUGUGCUUGGCCAAGAGUCCAGAGCUGUAUGUCGCCCAGUUGGGAACACUCAAAGCUGGAGCAGCCUUUUGUCCCAUUGACCCGAAUUGGCCAAGGCAACGUCAAGAGGCACUGCUGGUAAAGAGCGAGGCCAAGAUCUUACUCGCAGCGGGAGAUGCCGUCUGCGAAGCCUUGGAAGCCAUCAAGCCCCAUCAUAUGCGGUUGGUCAGGCUAGACCAUCUCGAAUGGAGUGCAAAGAAGGAGCUUCCGACUGACCCGACUGCUGAUACUUAUCAAGCCAAGGCGAUCCCGGCGUCUUCGCUUGCCUACAAGAUCUGGACGUCUGGUACGACUGGUUUGCCCAAAGCAGUUGGUAUCGAACACAGAGCCGCCGUGCAGGCAUUGCGGUCUUUGCAGAAGGUCAUUCCGCACGACGGACCCGACAUCCGCUACCUUCAAUUCUCUGCAUACGUCUUUGAUCUUUCCAUCCUUGACUGCUUUUACACCUGGGGUUUGGGUGGCACGCUCUGCUCGGCGUCUCAUGACCUCUUACUGGCCGACCAUGUAGGCGUCGCCAACGCCUGCGAAGCAUCUCAUUCACUGCUCACACCAGCGGUCAUGGCCAUGACACCACGAGAAAGCAUUCCAAGCCUCAAAGUCGUGAUCAAUGGCGGUGAGAAGCUGACGCAAGUGGUGGCCGACAUGUGGAGUGUUGACUGCUGUCUGCUCAAUCUGUACGGGCCUGCAGAAGCUACGCUCAUUGCUAUGCACAGACGAGUGCCGGUUGGUGACUCUGUCAGAGCUCCCAACAUUGGCGUGGCAUUACCGACUGUUUCCUGCCAUGCGCUCGAUGAAGCAGGCUCGAUCGUGCCAAAGGGAGCAAUUGGCCAAUUGGCGUUAGGAGGCUUCCAGUGCGCCCGCGGCUAUCUUGGAGAUGCCGACAAGACGGUCGAGAAGUUCAAGGAGCACCCGAGCCUUGGCCGAGUGUACCUCACCGGCGACCUCGUUCGCCAAUUGGCGGAUCAGUCGUUCGAAUACCUUGGAAGAGAGGACGAUCAGAUCAAGAUCAACGGCAUUCGCAUCGAGACGUUGGAGAUUAGCGCUGUGAUAAAGAAUGCGCAUCCUGAUGUCAGAGAUUCGGAGACUCAGGCACUGAGCUUCGACAAUGAUCCGUCUGGACAGCUCCGCAUUGUCAACUUUUCAGUUCUGCCAGACGCUGACGAGCACAAGAGCUCUUUUCUUCGAGCUGAUUUGGUUGCUGCCAGAGUGGCGCAUGAUCUGCGUCUGGCUGCUCAAAAAGCCUUGCCAUCAUACAUGGUCCCCUCAUUGUUUCUGAUUGUUAGCCAUUUUCCCCGGACUUCGAGCGCAAAGAUAGACCGAGCUGCGCUCAAGAAUGCGCUGAAUGACCUUGACAUUGCAAAGUGGGAAGCGGCCAUUGCGGGGGAAGAUGGAGGAUCCACAGUCAACAACGCCGAUAAGGGCAUCGCUCCGUCAAGUGAAGCAGAGGGCAUCAUCAGCAGCUUCGUAUCGGAGCUUUGCAAUAUCGACGCUGAUCGCAUGGGCAGGAUCACCCCCUUUCCCAGUCUGGGUCUUGACUCUAUCAAGGCCAUGGUCCUCGCUCGGAAGCUGACGAACGCGGGUUUUGCGACGUCUGUCAUCGACAUCGUUGAGCAUGCGAAUGUGGCCAGAUUAGCUCGCAAAAUUUCGCAUGGUGGCGAGCCUUCCGGCGCCAGUCGGGAUCAGCUCGGUAUGACCUUCCUCGCUGCAUUCGAUCGUCGAUUCCGCAGCGGCAUCCAGCGGGAACUUGAGGUCGAGGCAUCCAACAUCGAAUCUAUAGCUCCUCUCACCCCACUGCAAGAGGGUAUGCUGGCGGAGACGCUACGUGAUCUGGACCAAGGUAGCUAUUGGCUUAACAGGAGGUAUUCUGUCGCUUCGGGAGUUGAUAGUACCGCCCUGCAGCAAGCCAUAGAGGACUUUGUCACAAAUACACCGGGCUGCCGAACCACCUUCUCUAGCAACCCCGGUACCGAGUCGGAUGCAGAGCUUUCCAGCAACUACGCCUUUUUACAGGUUGUGCGGAAAGAUCUCACAGCUAACGUGAGAGUCCUCAACUUACCAGGAGAUGAUGCAAGCCAUGAUCAGCAGCUUCUAGCGGCGGCCAAGGGUCUGACCGGCAGUAAUCCUGUCAGCGACAAGUGUCCUCUGAGCUUCGUAAUCGGGUGCGCAGGAAACGGUACUACGCGCUACCUUCUCUUGCGUGCGCAUCAUAGCAUCUAUGACGCCAGGUCGUUGGAACUAUUCGAGGAAUUGAUCACUGCACAAUUGUCAGGCCAUAAGACUCGAUCUCUUCCUUUGACAACAGCUCUUCCGUCGAUCUUGUCUUUGACAUCCGAAGAGGAGGAGCAAAGGAGAGACACCUGGGAGCAGGCGCUAGAGGGGGUACCGAAGCCUCCCAGCGCCUUGAAAUUCCCAGAGCUCAGUGGGAGAGAGGUUGGAGGAGCCGCAGCUGUCAAAGCUCACUUCGGGCAUGUGUCGACCAUUUCUUCAAUCACCUGGUCCGAGCUCUCACGUACAGCGCAAGAGAUGGGCACUUCAGCUCGACCGAUUGCUCAGUGCGCAUGGGCAGCCAUCCUAGCGGCGUAUCUCGACACCGACUGCAUCCUCCUUGGCGACUCCAUAUCCGGGCGGGCUAUCGGACCCAACAUGGAAGAUGUCUUUGGUCCGCUUCAUGCAACAGUGCCAGUGCCAAUCAAAGUACCACCCGGCCUCACGCGUCGAGAAAUGGUCGACCAAGUCGAUGAAUUUCACAAGGCGAUACUGCAUCAUCAGCACGUUUCUCUGAGCUUCGUGCGCAAAGUGCUAGAAAUGCGCCCCGACGAGACACUCUUCCAGUCAGUCUUCGUCUUCGAGCCUGAUAGUGGCCAACAAGCACGACAGUCCGUCUUCUCCAUCAGUAAGGAUCUUGAAUUGUCCGUUGAGCAUCCUCUUGCAGUAGAGCUCUCGACGGAUAAGACUGGCAAGAUCUUUCUUGGCAUUGUUUAUCGGGGCGACUUGAUGACCGCAGAGCAAGCGCAAGUCAUGCUUGCUCAGUAUAAUGCCUCGUUGGCGUCCUUCUGCUCUCAUCCGGAUGCGGCACCUCAAGACUGGUCGUCCGGCCGCUGUUCUGAACAUCUGCUCUCAAUCUCAAGCUCGCGACCUUCAAGGUGGAUCGACAAAGCAGUUGACGUUCCUGCUGAAUUGUGGCUGAGUAAGACAGCCGCCCAGUAUCCAGACCGCCCAGCUCUCGAAUACUGGUCCUCUUUAGAGCCCUCAGCGGUGCCUGAAGUCCUCUCUUACCAAGAACUACGCGAGAGAGUGAACAGAAUGGCGGCCUUUCUGACGGAGUGCGCACGUCCGAAAAGUGUCGUUGCAGUCUGUCUAUCGCGAUGUGUCAUGACGUACGUGUCCCUUCUGGGCAUCCAGCAAGCUGGUCUUACUUACCUUCCUGUCGAUGAAAAUCUGCCUGCAGAGCGGCAGGAGCUACUCGUCAACGAAAGUGGAGCUAUUGUGGUUCUCGCAGACGACAAGUCUUUGUCCCAUUUCAAGAGGUGCUCGGCGAGGGUGUUCAAUGUGCACAGUGUUGACUUGGCCCGCUACCAAGGUCAUGAAUGGUACACGGACGUCUCUCCAUCGGAUCUCUCGUAUGUGCUUUAUACGUCCGGCAGCACGGGCAAGCCAAAAGGGUGUAAGAUUACUCGCAGCAACCUCUCUGUGACCAUAGAGGCCUUCAAGUUGACGUUUGAGGCGGAAGCGCCUGGCUCCUUCGAGUCCGGAGCUCGCUUCUUGGCGAGGUCGGCUGAAGCUUUCGAUGUCGCCCUCCUUGAGGUGUUUCUGCCUCUGCGUACGGCAUCAACGAUCGUGACGGGCCCACGGUCUCUCAUACUCGAGGACUUGCAGAAGGCGAUGUCCACGAUGCGAGUCACCCACGCUGCUGUGGUGCCUUCGCUCUUCUUUAGCGAAGGAUCACGAAUCCGACCCGAGGAUCUGCCUGACCUUCGCGCUCUGAUCAUAGGUGGAGAAAAGAUUCCCACUGACAUCGUGGAACUGUGGGGUGGGUCAAAAGUGCCUACAUUGAAUGCCUAUGGUCCGACGGAAGCUACCAUUGGCAACUCGAUCGCAAGAGUCCGACCUGAGUCGUCGACAAGGAACAUCGGACGAGCUUUUCCUGGCAGUCAAUACGCCAUCAUGGUCGAAGUCCCCGGUGGCCGAUUGCAACCUGCUUUACGAGGACAAGCAGGCGAGCUGUGUAUCCUUGGUCCGCAGGUGGGCGAUGGAUAUCUCGGUCAAGAAAAAUCUCCUGCAUUCAGUCUGUAUCAUGUUCAGCAAAUGUACCGCACUGGCGAUCUUGCGAGAAUGACCGUCGACGAUGAAGCCCUCUAUCUAGGACGCAUCGACGCCUCACAGGUCAAGAUCCGCGGAGCUCGUCUAGAGCUCAGCGAGGUCGACGCCGUGCUGCAGACCUCUGUCCCUGAGCAAGGUCUUCAUAUUACAACAAUCCACCUUCAGAGCAAAGAUCAGCUGGUCACAUUUGUAGCAAGGACAGCUCGGGCAUCUGUCCUUCCCGAUGCAGCGAUUGUGCCGCUCGUAGUACUUCCUCUGGCGGUCAUCUCGGGCAAGAUUGAUCAACAAGCUUUACGAUCGAUGUACGAGCGUCUGGGCUCAUCUGUCGACAUCCACGCCGGUGGACGUGACACUGCAGAUAGUCGUCCGCUAUCCAAGAGAGAGGCGCUAGUGGUCGAGGAGCUGUUAAAAUUGAUGCCAACCUCGGCCAGAUGUCAAGCGGCGCCAACGCCAUCGAGUGACCUCUUUGCCCUUGGCCUGGAUAGUCUCUUGGCUGUCCGCCUCUCUGGGAGAUUGAGGCAGCGAGGGCUCAAUAUCACUGUCUCCAAGCUCCUCAGCAGUGUCAGCAUUGAGGACGCUGCGGAGGAGGCUCACGAAGAUAGUAAGCCUGAGCAGAGUGGGGUCAGGUCGCAGUCGGAAGGGCUCACUGAGCGUGCUCGAGAGCUGGGUCUCCUUCCUGUGGAGCAUGAGGGCGUCUUUCACUGCACCGCCUUGCAAGAGUCUCUCUUGGCGGAAACUCUGUCCCACUCGAAUACCAGUGACGAGGGGCUGCCCUAUGUCUCCACUAUCGAGGUCACUUUGGCGGACUCAGUAGACGAGACCAGAUUGGUCCGCGCCGUCGAUGAAACCAUUGCUGCACACCCGAUUUGGAGGACAGCCUUCGCAGAGAUUGAUGGCAGGCUUUGCCAGCUGGUCAGCUCGAAGACACAAUCUGGCCUCUGGGUCUCCGAAUCUCAAAUGCUCGAGGGGCGCCCAUUGAUCGACAAUAUCAGCGCGAUAGCUCCAGUGCGACUGCGAAUUUGUAGAGGUACGACAGGCUUGAAGCAAUUGGCAAUUCUGGCACAUCACUCGCUCUAUGACGGCGUGUCCCUCGAUCUCUUCAUUGGGGAGGUCGAAUUGCGGUACGCCGGCAAGGUCGUACCAGACACCAGACCGUUUCGCGAGCUCUCCGAAUUCGUCAAUUCUCGAGACGAAGAAGCCUCGAAGCGCUUCUGGCAUUCACAGCUUGAAGACUCUAUUCUUGCUCCAUUUCCCUCUUUGAACCCUCUCCAAGCCAACCCUUCAAAGGAGAGAAGCGAAGCUCAGCUUUCAAGCUCCACUUUAUACGCCCAGCUGGGCGAACUGGCACGGAAGCUGGGCGUCACACAACAAGCCUUGCUCAUUUCGGCAUGGGCCACGCUUCUAGAUCAGUUCACAGGAGAGACCGACUCUGUUUUCGGCCUCGUUCUCAGUGGACGUAGUAUCGACUUCGAAGAUGCAGAACAUAUCCAAGGCCCUCUCAUAACGACCGUGCCCUUCCGUGCAAAUACACAGGAGGGGAAGGGCGACCCCACCAGACGGGUUCAAUCAAUCCAUAAACGCCUAUUGGACACGUACAAGUAUCAGCAUACAUCCCUCCGCAAGAUCGGUCAGUGGCUGCAAAUAGACGCACCGUUGUUCAACGUCCUUUUCUCUUUCCUCGCGCCGCCUUCCAAGUCACUAGCUACCUCAAUCUUCCUUGAUACCACGACAUCUAUGCAAACGGAAUACCCAUUUGCGGUCGAAGUUCAGCCUCAAAUUGACGACUUCAUACAGUUACGCCUGGCUUACGACCCUCAAUUUAUACCCAAUGAUCAAGCAAGCCUUCUCCUACUUCAAUUAGACGACGAAAUUAGACGAUUGGUCUCAGUCACAUCCCAGCAAGUUCACCUAGAGACUUCCGACCUACUAUCAAUCUCGAACCCUGCCCCUUAUGCACCUUUGGAGAAAGAUCACUUCUUGUAUCGCUUCAGUCAACAAGUCGAGCGUCGUCCAUGCGCAGUCGCCAUUGACUACGCUGGUAGCGGCUUCGAUGCCCCGUGGGAUACACUGACGUAUCACCAGCUCGAUCGUCUGAGCGAUCAGAUCGCAUCGAGCAUUGGCAAGCACCAUUGUGACAGCAUUGUUGCUGUAUACAUGCAGCGCUCUCUUGCUUUCUACGCCACCUUGCUAGCCGUCUGGAAAGCAGAUCGAACGUAUCUCCCUCUCGACCCCGGCCUUCCUCUCGAGCGCCUCAAGUACAUGCUCGAGGUGGCAGGAGUCUCGAACAUCGUCACAGACGAUGCAUGCCAUCAGCAAGCGCAGACUCUAAGGGCUAAUGUCAUUCUGAUCAAUCCACAAACAAUGUCUUUGGACGCUGCAUGCCCGGCCUCACCUGUGCCUUCUUUGGACUUGGCAAAGUCGGCGUACAUUUUAUUCACCUCGGGCUCUACGGGCAAGCCAAAGGGUGUGCCGAUCAGCCACCGAGCCCUUGCCGCAGCCGUCGUCUCCUGGGAGUCUAUUCUGCCUCAUCAAGAUGGCUCCCGCAUGCUGCAACUAGCUUCAGCGUCUUUUGACGUAUCCCUGAUCGAGAUUUGCCUUCCAUGGGCUUUUGGCUGCGCUGUCGUAUCCGCUCCAAAAGACAUCCUGCUCGACGAUCUCGAAGAGACCUUCCGCAGAUUGCGAGUCACGAUGGCAGAUCUUCCGUCGUCACUUGCCCCUACUGUCCACCCGGAGAACAUCCCCAAGCUCGAAUGGCUCAUGAGCGGAGGAGAUGCCAUCGACGAGAGAGUGUUGCGAGAGUGGGGGUCUCACGCCUUGAUCAAUGCCUGGGGCCCUACUGAGACCACCAUUGGUAACGCACUCGGCUUUGUUUCAAAAGACUCAAAGAGAUCGAUCGUCGGCACAGCCUGGCCUGGAAGUACCAUCUACGUCCUCUGCCAAGACUCAAUUGACGUCGCAUAUCGAGGCUGUGUGGGUGAGCUCGCUGUGGCUGGUCCUCAGCUUUCGGACGGCUACUUGGCUAGACCUGACCUUACAGCAGCCGCUUUCGUUGCCCUUGCUGACGGAACUCGAGUCUACCGUACCGGUGACCGAGGUAGGAUGCUUGCGGACGGUCAAAUCGAGGUGCUCGGUCGCAUCUCUCGUGGACAAGUGAAGCUUCGAGGCCAGAGACUCGAGCUUUCGGAAGUUAGUCACGCGAUUCUCGCUGCCUCUGAAGGGCACUUGCAGAACGCGGACACUCUCUAUUUGCAGCAUCCGAACCUUCCUGCGAAGCAGCUGGUGACCUGGGUCGCUCUCAGUGAGAGCAAGCCUUCGGUGGCUGUGUCCGUGAGAAGCGACGAUCGAGCACAGAGCGUGCUAAGAAACUGCUUACAAGAGGUUUCGCGAAGGCUGCCUUUAUACAUGGUGCCCAGCCACCUGUUGGCGACGGACGGCUCUCUUCCGCUGACAUCGAACAACAAGAUCGAUCACGCCGCACUAGAGAGGGCGUUCAUGGAGCUGGAUCUGGCGGUUCUGCAAGGCCAGCAGAGCCAUGCAGAAGGGCACGAAGCCGAGCAAGCUUGGACUGAGGAAGAAGACAGUCUGCUGCACAUUGUGGCAGGCUUUUGUGACCUGGAGCCGAAGGAUGUUUCUCGCACGACUUCAUUUUAUCGUCUCGGUAUCGACAGUCUGAGUGCUAUCCGGCUCAGCCGCUCGAUCAGGGAAGUACGUGCCUUUGCGCACGUUUCUGCCAAAGACCUCCUUCGCUGGCCCAGCAUUGCUCUACUGGCUGCAAAUGCUACUCGCCAAGAGCAGACGCAGAGUAGCCCGUCUCCCAACGGUAGAGCCAUGGAAACCGCUCAACAUGUCGAUGCAGACGCCUUGCUGCUGUCGGCAGAUGAUGCCAUUGAAGCAAUUCUACCCUGCACACCUUUGCAAGAAGGCACGAUCGCUCAGACGCUAGCCACGGAUGGUCGUCUCUACUUCCACCACCACGCAUACCGUGUGCGAGAUGCAGGAGUACGGGCCGUAUCGGAUGCCUGGCAGCUUUUGGUCGAAAGGACUGAUAUCCUUCGUACGACCUUCCAUCGUACUCGAGAGGGGGCACGCUGGGUCCAGGCUGUACACAAGCAAAUGCCAACAUCACGGCUCUUGCAGGUUCGAAUUGGUCCAUUUGGCCCGGCGUGGGACGCCCUUGCUGCCUCUCCUCUGACAAUCGCCGAGGAAGAUUUUGCCAGGACAGUAGUAAGACUGACAGUCGUCGAAGACUCUGAUGCACGCUAUGUCGUGCUCUCCCUGCAUCAUGCUGUUUACGACGGCAAUGCGCUACCGAAGCUCUUGAGCGAUCUGGACCUGGCCAUCAGAGGGCAGAUUCUGCCCUCCAGGCUUCCUUUCGCUCAAGUCGCUCCUCAUCUUCUGCCAAGUCGUUGCAACACUGAGUAUUGGGUCCAGCAUUUGAAAGGCUACAGUCCGACUCCUUUGCCGCGGCCACCCCCUUCACCCGAAGUGAGGGCAUGCGAGGCAACAGAGACCGUAAAGCUCCCUCUGUCGGAAGCUCGUACUCUUGCUCGUGGGCUAGACGUAUCACUCAGGACAGUAGCUAUCGCCUCGUAUGCCAAGGCGUUGUGUCACUUGUCUGGGUCACAAGACAUUGUCUUUGGCCAGAUCAUUGCCUUACGCGAUGGCAUAGAAGGCGCAGACGAAGUCAUCGGCCCAGCUUUCAACACGGUGCCGACCAGGGUCCGUUGGCCAUCGUCCGAAACCGCUGCCAAGGUCCUGAUGAAGAUCCAGCAAGAAAGUGAUGCGGGUCAAGCGCACCUGCAGGUCUCGCUGCGCGAAGUCCAGGUCGAGCUCAGCCUAGUAGCACCGCCAUUCGAUGUCUUGAUGGACUACCAGAUCCUGGAAGGCGAGCGGGAUACAUUAGUGUCUUUAUCACCUGCAGGACCCCCUGCUGAGCCCUCUAUUCAGUAUGCAGUCAACCUCGAGUGGCGACAGAUGAGCGAUUGUCUCAGCCUCUAUGCCACUGCAGACUGUAGCGUAUUCUCCGAAGCUGAGCUUCAAGCCUUCUUGAGCCAAGUUGCCGACAUCUUCAGGACUUUACUGAUGCAUCCUGACGCCCCCGCUGUUGGAACCUCAGGGGAGUUGCCUCCUGUGCCAGACACCGAAGCAAAGCAGGCGUCCAGUAAAAUUCAGACAAGCCAAGAGACCGACACUCACGCCGAGGCUGAACUCUGGUCUGAUCUCGAGCUCAAGCUUCGACGGCACGUUCUGACGGUCACAAAUGCCUCUGAAGAUCAGCUGCAAGUCGAAAUCUCCUUCGUCUCUUUAGGAGUGGAUUCGAUUACUGCAAUCUAUCUGGCGAGCUUGAUCAGAAAGGAUGGCAUUUCCAUUGCUGUCAGCGAUAUCGUCAAAGGCGGCAGCAUCCGCGGGCUGGCCAAGCGCAUAGAGGCUCGAACGUCAUCGUCGGAGGGCGUAGAUCGCGCAGCAUCUUCUCAGUGGGCAGCAAGUGCACACAUCAACGAGGUAAUCUGCUCCAAGCUCAAGGUAAAGAGCGAGCAGAUCGAGCGCGUCUUGCCGGCUCUUCCAGGCCAGAUAUUCCAGCUCGUUUGUUGGCUCAAUAGCGGCAAGCGUCUCGGCAUUUACUCUUGGACGUGGAUGCUGGAAGAGCGCGUGGAUGAGGACAGUCUGAAGGAUGCCUGGCAAGCGAUGGUGGCUCGACAUGCCAUCUUGCGCACAACGUUUGCUGUAGUCGACGGCGACGUGUUCCAAGCUAUCCUGACCCCUCAGCCUCUCGCUCUUGCGGUCACUUUUGAGGAUGUUUCACGCAGUAUAAGUCUCGAGGAUGCGGGCCGUGAGCGACUUCGUAAGCUGGCUGCGAUGCCACAAGACAUGCGACGUCCCCCAGUCAAGCUGGACGUCUUGAAAAGAGGCGAACAGAGUCUGAUCAUUCUCAAUGUCGCCCACGCCUUGUACGAUGCCUGGUCGAUCGAGCUGAUCGCCGAGGACCUGCAGAGGCUCUACAGACAAGAAGAGCCUGUCGCCAACGCGGCUUUCCCGGACUUUGCGGCUCAACACGCAGUUCAUUCGCCUCAAGCAACUUCGAGAUCAAAAGAUUUCUGGCAAGGAGAAUUGCGCGGCGUUGUACCUGGCCUGGUCUCGGAAAAGCAGCGAGGGACAGCACCUCACCGCGACGUGAUGGUGUACGUUCCACGAGCAGCCCAGCUCGCAAAAGCGUACGAGCACGCACGUGCGAAGCGCACUCAUGACCUCCUCCCCUCGCUACAAGCCCUCUUCAUGGCCUCUUGGUCUCAGGAAGUCUCCGCUCUAACCGGCAAUACGCGUCCCCCUUUUGGGCUCUAUCAUUCCGGCCGAACAGACGACUUUCCCGCCAUUGAAAGUCUUGCCGGUCCGUGCUUGACUGUCCUGCCCCUCGUUGCUGGCAAAGAGGUCCACUCCAGUGGCGAUGACGUUGGCAGCAGUAGCAGUUUCCUCGAGCUAGCACGGGACCUCGAAGCGGCCGUCGCCAGGCGUAGUGGAUUCGAGCAGAGUGCCGAUCUGAAGACGAUCCAUGCCUGGGCUGCCGAGGUGAACCCGGAGCUGCAUUCCACCGCGAACCUCGACCAAGCAGCAGAGGGAGGAGAAGAAGAAGAAGAAGAAGAAGAAGAAGAAGAAGAAGAAGAAGAAGGAGACGGAGUGGUGCCAGGCCCACUCUUCGAUACCUACCUCAAUCUCAUCUGGGGUAGCUCGACACCCCAAGCGCCACUCGCAAAGAGCGCUGCCCCUCCUCCUGUAUCUGGUUCGAAUGCCUCGACUGUUCCGACAUUCGUGCCCAUCAAGCUCGGCACGCCAAUCGAUUUCGCACCACCACCACCGCCUGGGCCGGAGGGCGUCGCCUCCAGUCGGGACGACGACGAGGAGCAGAGUACGAUUGACGACCUCUCCCCUGCACUCAGGGCAUGUGUGCGCCCGCGUAUUGAAGUCGAUGUAGUGCUGCAGGGCGACGCGAACGAUGGCGGUGAUGGUGAUGAUGGUGGUAGACAAGGGAGUGGGGAUAGGGAUAGGGAUGAAGAUGAAGGUGGUGACUGGAUCGGAGUUGGAGUAAGAUGUGAGGGUGGUUUGCUUGUCCCGGAAGGGGAGGGAGAGGAAGAGGGGGAGGAGGAAGAGGGGGAGGAGGAAGAGGUGAGAAGGUUGAUUGAGCGAUUGGUUGGGAGGGUGAGGGGGUGUAUAGAGGAGUUGCAGGCGGAGUGA